AUGUCAAGUUUCCAGAAUACCACAUCCUCUUCCGUCAUUUUCCUGCUAACUGGUGUUCCUGGGCUGGAAGCCUUCCACAGCUGGAUCUCCAUUCCCUUCUGCUUUCUCUAUAUAACCGCCCUCUCAGGAAACAGCCUGAUUCUCUUCGCCAUUGUCACUCAGUCCAGUCUCCAUGAACCGAUGUAUUAUUUUCUUUCCAUGCUGUCCACCACUGACCUUGGUUUGUCCAUAUCCACUCUGGUCACUAUGAUGGGCAUAUUCUGGUUCAAUGCCAGGGAGAUUAGUUUUAAUGCCUGCUCAUCCCAGAUGUUUUUUAUUCAAUUUUUCACUGUCUUGGAAUCUUCAGUGCUAUUGGCCAUGGCCUUUGAUCGUUUUGUGGCCAUUUCUAAUCCUCUCAGAUAUGCCACUAUCCUAACUGAAGCUAAAAUAGCACAAAUUGGAGUAGCAAUUAUCACCAGGGGAAUAUUAGUACUAAUACCAUUACAGGUGCUUCUUAAACGUCUAUCAUUUUGUCGAAGCCACGUGCUCCGUCACUCUUACUGUUUCCACCCUGAUGUGAUGAAACUCUCAUGUUCAGACACCAGGAUCAACAGUGUCCUUGGGUUGACUGCUUUGUUAAGUACUGCGGGAGUGGAUUCAAUCUUCAUUUUUCUUUCUUAUGUUUUGAUCAUUAGAACUGUCCUCAGCAUUGCAUCUCCGGAAGAGAGAAAGAAAGCCUUCAGCACAUGUAUUUCUCAUAUUGGGGCUGUUGCUAUUUUCUACAUUCCUUUGAUCAGUCUGUCCUUUGUUCACAGGUUUGGUAAACGAGCCCCUCCCUAUGUGCAUACUUUGAUUGCCAAUGCCUAUCUGCUAAUUCCCCCAGUGAUGAACCCUAUCAUCUACAGUGUAAAGACCAAACAGAUACGGAGGGCUGUGCUAAAAAUUUUCCAUUAUGGUGCAAUCAAGUAA